GCGAGCCCAUUCAUCUGUGCACUUGGGCGUUGGACCCCGCAUCUUAUUAGCAACCAGGGAGAUUUCUCCAUUUUCCUCUUGUCUACAGUGCGGCUACAAAUCUGGGAUUUUUUUAUUACUUCUUUUUUUUUUUAAACUACACUUGGGCUCCUUUUUUUGUGCUCGACUUUUCCUCCCUUUUUCCCUCCCUCCUGCGCUGCUGCUUUUUUAUCUCUUCGACUUAAAUUUUUUUAUCCGGAGUGUAUUUAAUCGGUUCUGUUCUGUCCUCUUCACCACCCCCACUCCCCCCUCCCUCCGGUGUGUGUGCUGCUGCCGCCGCCGCCGCUGCUGCCGCCGCCGCUGCUGCUGCCGCUCGCCCCGUCGUUACACCAACCGGAGGCUCUUUGUUCCCCCCUUGGAUCUGUUGAGUUUCUUUGUUGAAGAAGCCAGCAUGGGUGCCCAGUUCUCCAAGACCGCUGCGAAGGGAGAAGCCACCGCGGAGAGGCCCGGGGAGGCGGCUGUGGCCUCGUCGCCUUCCAAAGCGAAUGGGCAGGAAAAUGGCCACGUGAAGGUAAACGGCGACGCCUCUCCCGCGGCCGCCGAGCCGGGCGCCAAGGAGGAGCUGCAGGCCAACGGCAGCGCCCCGGCCGCUGACAAGGAGGAGCCCGCGGCCGCCGGGAGCGGGGCGGCGUCGCCCGCCGCGGCCGAGAAGGAGGAGCCGGCCGCUGCCGCCCCCGAGGCCGGGGCCAGCCCCGCGGAGAAGGAGGCGCCCGCGGAGGGCGAGGCCGCCGAGCCCGGCUCGCCCUCGGCCGCGGAGGGGGAGGCCGCGUCGGCCGCCUCCUCGACGUCUUCGCCCAAGGCCGAGGACGGGGCCACGCCCUCGCCCAGCAACGAGACCCCGAAAAAAAAAAAGAAGCGCUUUUCCUUCAAGAAGUCUUUCAAGCUGAGCGGCUUCUCCUUCAAGAAGAACAAGAAGGAAGCGGGAGAGGGCGGGGAGGCCGAGGGCGCAGCCGGCGCCUCCGCCGAAGGCGGCAAGGACGAGGCCGCCGGGGGCGCCGCUCCAGCCGCCGCAGAGGCGGGCGCGGCGUCCGGGGAGCAGGCGGCGGCGCCGGGCGAGGAAGCCGCGGCGGGUGAGGAGGCGGCGGCGGGCAGCGACCCGCAGGAGGCCAAGCCCGAGGAGGCCGCCGACGCGCCCGAGAAGCCGCCCGCCAGCGAGGAGGCCAAGGCCCCCGAGGAGCCCAGCAAGGCCGAGGAGAAGGUCGAGGAGGCCGGGGCCAGCGCCGCUGCCUGCGACGCGUCCUCAGCCGCCGGGCCCGGUGCGCCCCCCGAGCAGGAGGCGGCGCCCGCGGAAGAGGCAGCGGCCGCGUCAGCCUCGUCAGCCUGCGCAGCCCCCUCACAGGAGGCCCAGCCCGAGUGCAGUCCGGAAGCCCCCCCGGCGGAGGCGGCAGAGUAAAACGGCCCGAUUUUUGAGAUAAUCGAAGAACUUUUCUCCCCCCGUUUGUUUGUUGGAGUGGUGCCAGGUACUGGUUUUGGAGAACUUGUCUACAACCAGGGAUUGAUUUUAAAGAUGUCUCUUUUUAUUUUACUUUUUUUUAAAGCAGCAAAUUUUGUUCCCCCUCCUUCCCCAGAUCCCAUCUCAAAUCAUUCUGUUACCACCAUUCCAACAGGUCGAGGAGAGCUUAAACACCUUCCUCUGCCUUGUUUCUCUUUUGUUUUUAUUUUUUGCAUCAGUAUUAAUGUUUUUUGCAUACUUUGCAUCUUUAUUCAAAAAUGUAAACUUUCUUUGUCAAUCUAUGGACAUGCCCAUAUAUGAAGGAGAUGGGUGGGUCAAAAGGGAUAUCAAAUGAAGUGAUAGGGGCCACGAUGGGGAAAUCGAAGUGGUGCGUAACAUUGCCAAGAAUAAUGUACCACGAGAAAUGAUGGUGUAAAGGCUUAGUUUUUGUUUUUGUUUUUGUUUUUAAAGAAAAGUUAUUACGAUGUAUUUUGUGAGGCAGGUUUACAACACUACAAGUCUUGAUUAAGAAGGAAAGAGAGGGAAAAAAAAAAAAACACCAAUACCCAGAUUUUAAAAAAGAUCAUAGUCUUAGGAGUUCAUUUAAACCAUAGGAACUUUUCACUUAUCUCAUGUUAGCUGUACCAGUCAGUGAUUAAGUAGAACUACAAGUUGUAUAGGCUUUAUUGUUUAUUGCUGGUUUAUGACCUUAAUAAAGUGUAAUUAUGUAUUACCAGCAGGGUGUUUUUAACUGUGACUAUUGUAUAAAAACAAAUCUUGAUAUCCAGAAGCACAUGAAGUUUGCAACUUUCCACCCUGCCCAUUUUUGUAAAACUGCAGUCAUCUUGGACCUUUUAAACACAAAUUUUAAACUCAACCAAGCUGUGAUAAGUGGAAUGGUUACUGUUUAUACUGUGGUAUGUUUUUGAUUACAGCAGACAAUGCUUUCUUUUCCAGUCGUCUUUGAGAAUAAAGGAAAAAAUCUUCAGAUGCAAUGGUUUUGUGUAGCAUCUUGUCUAUCAUGUUUUGUAAAUACUGGAGAAGCUUUGACCAAUUUGACUUAGAGAUGGAAUGUAACUUUGCUUACAAAAAUUGCUAUUAAACUCCUGCUUAAGGUGUUCUAAUUUUCUGUGAGCACACUAAAAGCGAAAAAUAAAUGUGAAUAAAAUGUA